AUGGGUGCAACAAGUUCAAAUACAAAACAUUAUUCAAAUCAAUUCAAUUCAAAUAUUUAUAGUACACCACCGAAACUAAACAACAAGAGAACUCAUAAUCGUGUUGUUCAACUACAAUGCGAUCCGCGUUCACCCACCGAUGGUAUUAGUCGAACUCCAAUUCAAAUUGAUAGUCAAUUACCGGCUCCAUCAGUAAAACUAUGUAAUCAUGUUUUACCUCACAUUAUUGGUCCAAGCGUAGUUAUAUCCGAGGUGAACAAUAAUGAUAAUCAAGAAAAUGAAAUACGUCAUCGGUCACAAAAACUUGACAUUACUAGAAAUAAUAUUAAACGUAUAAGUGAUAUUGAACCAACAUUAGAUCCAAGUGAUGUAUUAGCUGCUUUGAUGGCAAAUAAUAAUUGUCAAUUGCCACCAUAUCAGUUAUGA